AAGAGUGGGCAAAUCCAUGCACCAUGACGCACAGGUCGGCGCAUCUCCUCCAAUGAUGCUCUAUUGACGCUCUGAUCCAGAGGAAAGCAGCGCGCGGCUCAAGACAGGCUUUGCAAUGGACUCCUUCGGCUGUCUUGUCCUACGGAUAUCGGUUCUUCUGUGCGGCACCUGCGGGGUUCUGGCGCUCAUACGGAACAACGGAAUAACGGAACCGGAGUUCAUCCGCAGGUGUGUGCAGGCGCAUAAUAAUGCGCAUCGAUCGCGCGUCACUCCACCUGCGGCCAGCGCGCGCUCCAUGUCUUGGGACAAUGAAUUGGCCAAAGGUGCAAGAGAUCGGGCGAGACACUGCCGGGCCUCUUAUAACCCAACGGUGGCACAUUUUGGGCACCCGCUGUUGGGGUGGAUGGGGGAAAACAUUUGGCUGGGAGUUCCAUUCUCAGCCUUCUCGGUGGAGAACGCCAUACAGAGAUGGAGCAAAGAAGGAGCUUACUCAUUUAGAAAAAACAACAACAACUGCUCGAGGUUGUGUGGACACUAUGCACAGUUAAUGUGGUCUACAAGCUUCAAGCUGGGCUGUGCUGUUAAUGUGUGCACGAAAGGUAUCGAAAACUUCUCCAGCCAUCCAGAAUCCACCAUUUUUGUGUGCAACUAUGGCGAUACGGGGCACGUUCAUGGUAUUACUCCAUAUAUAGCAGGUGUGACGUGCAGCGGGUGUGGAUCGGAGAUCUGUCGAGACAACGUCUGUAGAUAUGAUUGGUUCCCUGGGUGGGAUUAUGGCCCCGCCUCUUCAGCCCACAGUAUUUCCUAUUGGCUGACUAAUCUUGGACUGUGUCUACCAGGAGUUUGCUGGACACUCAUCUAUUAUGCAACACAUUAAUGUCAUCAUGUGGUCCUGUUUCUUAGUGUCUUAAAGGGAAAGUUCAAACAAAAAUGAAAAUUCUGUCAUCAUAAUCACCCUCAAGUUGUUUCAAACCCAUGUGACUUUUUUCUCAUGGGACACAAAAAGAGAUGUUAGGCUGAAUGUUAUGGACUGACAGACAGCCUAAGUCAUAUGGGUUUGGAAAGAAUGAAGAUAAUGAUGACAGAAUAUUUCAGUUUUCAUCAAUUGUUAGUUUAUAAAUUAGCAUUAACUGAAACAAGGAUAUAAUAUGAAAAUAAAAAUGAAAAAAACUAUCAAUAGCAAAUAUAUAUUUCUGCUGUGUGUAACUCAUUUAUUUCAGUGCCAUACACAGUAAGUCUGUAAAUGCAUUCCUUAUUUAACUUCGAAAAAAGUGGAAUUAUCAUCCUUCAUGUACUGUAAUAAACCAUGAUGCCCAUAAUAAAAGUGAAGCUGAAUAAACUUUUAUUUAUA